AUUUCUUGCACCUACCCUUCAUACUCCAUCGCCCAAUUGACUUCCUCAUUGUUCAGCACGUAAAUUGUUCAGAUCAAUGCAAUUAUGUCCCGAAGGGCUUGUUGCACACUGAAAGACUGGAGCUUCGCGAUUCUGUUGAGGCUCGCAUGCUUCCAGAGAGAAGCAGCGAGAAAAAAUAUUUACGUUUGAGAUGGAAGAGGAUUGAUAACUUCCUCAGCCGCACAGGUGGAUCUGAAGAUAUUUUUUCAUUGCUUUUUGGUCAUGAAAACGCUGAUGAUACAUUUUGGCUGGACAGCUCAUCAGUCGACCAGAAUAGGGCACGUUUUUCAUUCAUGGGUGGUAAGGGCGGACCUCUGUGGAAGCAAAUGACAUUUCACCUCUCCAAUCAAAGUUCUGAAGGGAACAUUACUAUUCGACGUGCUGACGGAUCUGCUGUGAAAAACACUCUCAAAGAUGGCUUCUUGGAAUUUCUUCACAAGGAAAUUCAGUCCAUUCAAAACAAUGAAGAGGAUUUUCAAGGGCUUCCAUUUGAAUUCCACGGUGGCUUUGUUGGAUAUCUAGGGUAUGGUCUUAAAGUUGAAUGUGAUGCAUCAUCUAACAAAGCUAAAUCAAGUACUCCUGAUGCAUGCUUCUUCUUUGCUGAUAACCUUGUGGUGAUCGAUCACAACAAUGGUGAUGUAUAUAUUCUAUCAUUAUAUGAUGAGUAUUCUUCAAAUAAUGGGAAUGGAAUUUAUGGUAAUGCAACACAUACUUCAUGGUUACUGGAGACUGAGAAGAGGCUUCUCAGGAUGGUUGCUAUGGCGCCCACACUACCGAUUAAUAGAAAUUCGCUGGUCGGAUCAAGAGAUGUGAAUAAGCAUAGUUUUGUUGUAGAAAAAUCAAAGGAUCAAUACAUUAAGGAUGUUCAGAGUUGCCUGGAUUUUAUCAGAGACGGAGAAAGUUAUGAGUUGUGCCUGACUACUCGUAUGAGGAGAAGGAUAGAAAAUAUAAAUGCCCUGCAACUAUACCUUAAAUUGAGAAAGCAAAAUCCUGCCCCCUAUGCAGCCUGGUUUAACUUCUCCUCAGUCAACCUGAGUAUAUGUUGCUCUUCUCCUGAACGGUUUCUGAGACUAGAUCGAAAUGCAAUUCUAGAGGCAAAACCAAUCAAAGGUACUAUAGCACGUGGCAGAACACCCGAGGAAGAUGAGUGUUUACGUUUGCAACUGAAGUACAGGCAAGUAUAUGAAAUAUGUACCCUUCCAUUUUCCAUACAUCAUUUUUUUCCGAUUAAACAUGGGCCAUAUAGUUUCUUAUUUUUCACACUUGGUUUUUGCACUACUUACAAUCAUUGCAGUCAGAUAUCGAAAUAAUGAUUUUUCUUUUGGAUUAAUUUACUUUGUGAAUGAUUCGACCCUUUGAGUGCUAAGCAUGUCAAUUGUACGACCUUUAGACGUCAAGGUUUUUUCAACAAUCCUACUGAGAAACCAACUACACCUGUGGAAACUAUUUAUUUUUUUCAUAACAUUAUCAUGGUUUUUUCAUCGAAAAUGACAUGAUUAUAUAAUAAUAUAGGUAGUUCUUUCGUUGUUAUAAUAGUAAGAAGAUCAUACACUUAUCACUACUAGAAUCCGGAGCAUUGCCCAGGUUGUUUGCCGAGUGCAUUUCAUUAUCUACUAGGCAAACAUGACCUUUGUCGAGUUCCAUGAAGAAAAUACUAGGCAAAAGGAUGACACUUGGCAAUUAAUGAGUACUGCCACAUGGCACUCGACAAACACAUGUUUUGUGGAGUUCCUGC